CCAGUACAGGAUAAACCACACAGCUCUUCAUACUAACUCUUCCUCUUGUCAUAGAGACAGCCAGGAGAGCCAGAGGAACAUAAUGAUGAUGAUGCAGUCAGGGCCGGAUGACCUGACCAGGCAGAGGAUGCAGCAAGCUCAGGCUCUGUGCAAGGAGGCCAGGGGAGGUCUGAACCUGGGGAAGAAGAUGAGCGUUCCAAAGGACGUGAUGAUGGAGGAGCUCAACCUUCCCUCUAACCGGGGCUCUCGCAUGUUCCAGGAGAGACAGAGGAGAGUUGAGAGGUUCACCCUGGAGAGCGCUGCCGAUGGCACUUACGACCACAAUGUACAUUCAGAGGCCCUUCCUCCCGCUCAGACCAUCCCAGGGCCACAGGGAGGAAAGGAGAACCGGACUUGCCCUAUCCCUGGUAAGCAUAGCCUGGUGAUGAACCUUCAGAAGACUGUAGCAAAGAAGGGCAGUCCUGAUGUCCUCGCUCCAGGGUAUUCUGGUCCUCUGAAGGACAUUCCUCAUGAGAAGUUCAACACAACAGUCAUCCCCAAAUCCUAUUGUUCCCCCUGGAGAGAAGCUCUGGGAGACAAAGAGGAGCUCCUCAACUCCCUCAGUGUCCAGCUGCCCCAGCCUGCACAAGUACUACAGCCCGCUAACUACAGGUGCUUCAACAGAUCUCCAAUGCCAUUUGGAGGUCUAAUGGCCAGCAAGAGGGUGAUCCCAGUGAUCAGCUUCGAGGCACUGGAACCCCAGAAACUGCCCGGCACCACCCUGGACCGUUUGUCUCGGCGGCCCAACUUCAACAGAGCACCCAAGGGAUGGGGAACCAGCUACUCCCCUGAGUCUAAUGAACUGUGAAGAAGGCCUAUACAGCUGACCUUUGACCCUGAACCUUCUCUAAUCUCUGUAAAGCUAUGGGGUAAAGACUGAGGCUGUGACCUAUGCUUGCUCCUCUCCUCCUUCAAAACAUGCUCCCUGUUAGUCAGUGGGCGCUGUAUGAAAAAAAAAAAAAAAAAAUGACACCUGUCUAUGAUAUAAUGGUUACCACUGGAAGCCCAGUGGAGGCCAGCUGAGGACAUCUGAAUCAUUCAACAAUUUAUUAUGAAAG